ACGCUCUGAAUGCUCUUUCUCGACUCUCGGCUCCGUCAAUGAUUGAUUUCUCUUAGAUAAGAAAGCCUCUCUACACCAUGACCUAACCUAACACAUAUGUCAUGCUGAUUAUUGAAUGUAUACAUUAGGCCUGCGAUCCAGUUGACGUUCCAAAUGCUUUCGAACAUUUUCUAUCCUUCUUUUUAUUCCUCCGGAUAAAAAGAAGGAACUGAAGUGUUUUGAAGCGUUUGGAGCAUCAACUGUAACGCUGGACUCCUGCGUAGACCUUGGGUCUGUUCUUUAUAGCUGCACUGCUGAACUGGUGCAAUACAUUAAAGUGAGACAAGUGUAUUUUUUCUCGCUCUAACUUAUUGCAGUUUAGCAGUGCAGCUAUAAAGGACAGAUUCUCUGUCGCUUUAGCUACAGUUCUUUUUACAGUUUUACAGUUACUUAAUUUUUUUCCCUACAAUGCUUGAUUAUGUAAUCUAUUUCAUAACAAUUACAAAAAGAUACAAUGUAUAUAUCCACAAUUAAAAGAAUGGAUUUAUUUCAUAUAUCUGGGACUCCUUACGCUAAUGGUUUCUUUAGAGUUAAAUUAGCUCUUGGGAAAUACUUUCCACAAGAGCCACCAAAGGCUUAUUUCCUCACAAAGAUUUUUCAUCCCAACGUAGCGAAAAAUGGUGAAAUAUGCGUCAGCACAUUAAAAAAGGAUUGGAAACCAGAUCUCGGAAUACAACAUAUAUUAUUGGCUGUAAAAUGUUUGCUAAUAGUGCCAAAUCCUGAAUCUGCUUUAAAUCCAGAAGCUGGCAGAUUACUUUUUGAAAAUCAUGAUGAAUAUUCAGAGCGAGCAAAAAUGAUGACAGAGAUACAUGCGCAAGGCGGUGGAAAAGGCAGCAAGGUAGGUUUGGAAAGUUGUGCCUCUUCGGAAGCCGGGGGAUCUCUUCCAAAAAAGCAUGCAGGUGAUAAAAAAUUAACAGCGGAAAAGAAAAAAAUGUUAAAAGAUAAGAAGAGAACAUUGAAAAGAUUAUAAUAAGGAGAAUCAAUAUUAUUUAUCUGUUUUUUUGUAAUUUAAAACACUGGUGUGGUAAUGUUGCCUCGUAUUGUACACAAUUAUUAAUGCAUAGUAAAAUUUUAUUAUCUGAA